GGUGUCGCGACGCCGCAUUUGUCAAUACUCGAUUGUUUUAACAAUUUUCUCGUACUUUCGGUCGCGUUCCGUACAAUAUUUUCACGCCGUGGUUACCCAAUCGGGGUUAUAAACAGCCGAGUGAUUGAACGGCGAAAAGGGUUGAGUACAUCGCGGUGUAAACGGGGUAAAUAUACCCGCCUACCGCUUGUGCAGCACACAUCGGCAAAGUUGAAUUUUAGACGGCUCUCUCUCGGACAUUUGCCAAGUGUUGCGGCGAAGAGAAGGAGGAGGUGAAGGAGGAGGAGGAAACGGUGCACAGACGAAGAUACACACAAUACAAACACAGUCCAGUGUCUCAGUUACUUACGUCUCCCUCUUGCAUAUUUAUUUUUUCAAUUUCGUAUAUCAACGCAGAAUCGAACCCUCAUCUUUGUUUUUCGCCAACCGAGCAUUCAACCAACCCUCGUUGAUGCCUGCCAACUCUUCGUGUUGAUGUGUUAAAAUGUGCGAAGAGGCGACGGACGUGGAGUCGUUUCAUCAGCCGAAGCAGACCGCGGGAUUGACAACGACGAUGGGCGUCGCCGAAGACGAUGCUCCGACGCCUCCGAGUGCGACUUCGCAUCCCAAUCCGAAUUCCAAUCAAGAAGGUGUGCUGGAGAUGGCGGCCACUGAAAGCACGAUCAGAUUCAGCGGUCAUACCCUGGACAAAGCCACCAAAGCCAAGGUAACGUUAGAGAAUUACUACAGUAAUUUAAUCGCUCAACACAUCGAGCGUAAGCAAAGGCUCGCGAAGUUGGAGGAGUCGUUGAAAGACGAGGGUCUGUCUGAGCAGCAGAAGCAGGAAAAGAGGCUGCAACAUGCCCAGAAAGAAACUGAAUUUCUACGGCUGAAACGCUCGCGGUUGGGGGUCGAGGAUUUUGAACCACUCAAAGUAAUCGGGAGAGGAGCUUUCGGAGAGGUAAGAUUGGUCCAGAAAAAGGACACUGGUCAUGUUUAUGCUAUGAAGAUACUGAGGAAAGCAGACAUGCUUGAAAAGGAGCAAGUCGCACACGUCAGAGCAGAGCGAGACAUUCUUGUCGAGGCUGAUCAUCAGUGGGUUGUCAAAAUGUACUACAGCUUUCAAGACCCUAUUAAUCUCUACUUGAUUAUGGAGUUUUUACCUGGUGGUGACAUGAUGACCCUACUGAUGAAGAAAGACACACUUUCUGAGGAAUGCACGCAGUUUUAUAUAUCCGAAACGGCAUUAGCUAUAGAUUCUAUACACAAACUGGGUUUCAUUCAUCGAGAUAUCAAACCGGACAACCUUUUGCUCGAUGCACGGGGUCACAUCAAAUUGUCAGACUUUGGUUUGUGUACCGGCCUUAAGAAGUCGCACCGAACUGACUUUUACCGGGAUCUCAGUCAGGCGAAACCCUCAGAUUUCAUGACGUCGUGUGGAUGCGGAAGUGGAGGAGCAAUGGACAGUAAGAGAAGAGCCGAGAGUUGGAAAAGAAAUCGAAGAGCUCUAGCCUAUAGUACAGUCGGUACACCAGAUUACAUAGCCCCUGAAGUUUUUCUGCAAAAUGGUUACGGUCCGGCAUGCGAUUGCUGGUCACUAGGCGUUAUCAUGUAUGAAAUGUUAAUAGGUUAUCCUCCGUUCUGUAGCGAAAAUCCUCAAGAAACUUACAGGAAGGUAAUGAAUUGGCGAGAAACGCUGAUAUUCCCUCCUGAAGUACCAAUUAGCGAGGAGGCCAAGGACACUAUUGUCAGAUUCUGCUGUGAAGCAGAUAGAAGAUUGGGCUCGCAAAGAGGCAUCGAAGAAUUAAAGCUUGCACCAUUUUUCCGAGGAGUUGACUGGGAACAUAUACGAGAAAGACCAGCAGCAAUCCCAGUAGAAGUGAGGUCAAUCGAUGAUACAUCCAACUUUGACGAGUUCCCUGACGUCAAGCUUGAAAUACCAUCAGCACCACUGCCGCAGGAUGGGGAGGUGAUAUACAAGGACUGGGUAUUUAUCAAUUACACUUUCAAACGAUUCGAGGGUCUGACUCAGAGAGGUACUCCAACUAAGAAAUAGCAAGCCUCGAUCAACCCGUGCUCGACUGUCAACCACCAAACUCAAUGUGGUGGAUCGAUUGAUCCGGUACUGGUGCACCAUAAUCACAAUUCACCUCAGCACCAUCACCAGCAUCACCAUUAUCACCACCACCGUCAUAACCGUUACCAUCACCUCACAGGGGAGUGAACCUCGUCACUCUGGAUAAUAGAAUUCAGUUAUGACUGAGGUCUGAAAUGAAAAUUUUCAGAGACUCUGCAGAAUACAGAGAUGAAAGAUGAUGAUGAUGAUUUCUGGUUAAUGUGUCGGCGUGAAAUAUGAGGCUAUUCAUUUUAUCGGAACAAAGACACGAAACAGAUGUUCGGAUAUUGAGGGAUGACGUUAAGUACAAAAGAUCUGAUGAUGAGCAUGCGUUGGAGUUAUGUCUGGAUUGGAUACUCAGAAUUGAAAAACCCAAUGAUUUAGGCUAGGGUAUCGUCAAAAGUAAGGAAGGUAUUUACAAAUUGCAACAAUACUAACGAAAUAUUGAAAAAAAUUCCAAUUUGUAUGUGCGGGUGAAAGCGGCUGACUUUUGAUCCAAUUUUAUUAAUUGCAGCAAAAAAUUUUGUAUAGAUGAAAAAAAAAAUUGGACUUCUUGCUAGUUAUUAAUCACGGUUUUUCUCGCUCUUUUAUUUUUUUUCUCUUUUAAAUAAAAACUUGAAAAACAUGCACGAAUAAAUGUUUAAAUCUGAAUUAUGAAAUGUUCGAUUUUGCAACUUUCACUAAGCUUGGUAUAAUCUUAUUGUGCAAGUUAUGCGUGCGCAUUAGUACCAGAAAUGUAUGUGACUCGCGUUAGUAGAUUGCUGAUAUAUGACUUGUUUUGAAUCAGUCAACGAUAUUAUACAAUAUGUCGUUGCUAUUCUAUUGACAAAUAAUUUUUACGACGCUGAUAGCUGGUGGUCUGAAAAAUUAAGACACCUACGAAUGAAUAUCAAGCAGCAGCAAGAUGUGCAAUUUUCAAAAUAACAAUUUGGUCACAACAAAAGAUAGAGCUAAAAAUGACUUUUGUAGUAUUGUUACUGAGGCAACUGUGAUUUUUGUUCUUAUUCCUGUCUAUGGAAUACAAACUCUCUGAACUUGGCAACGUUCGUUUUGAAAAUAAAAAAUCUAAUCUCAAUUAACAAAAAAGAAGUAAGUUGAGAACGAGAUAAGUAACCUAACAAGUGUGCAGUUAAGAUGAAAAGGAAUGAUAAAUUCAGGGCUCCUUUGCUGCCUUAAUAAGGUUCCUAACACACGUGACACGGGGCGCAACAUCAGUACGUUUAGACGAGCCAAAUAAAUGAAAAACAAUAAAUAUUAACAAUAACAGUAAGAGGUAAUAAUAAUAACAUUCAUGGUAACGAUGACAACAGAAGUAUUUGGGUAAUAGAAAAAAGAUAAAGAGAAAAAUGUGAAAGAAGCAGUUGCAUAAAUUUUACAAGCACACCGGCUUAGUAUAUCUGCAUAUGCUCUACCGAAUGUAUUUUUAAAACGAACACGAAAUGUUAUCAUUCAUGAGUCGGUACAACCGUAACAAAGAUGCUGUUGCUAUCCAGGGCACCACAUAAUAGUAGUAGAUGAUAUUUAUAAUAAAUAAUAAUAAGUUUAUUAUAUUACAGCAGGCAGUAAUAAUCAAUAAUGGUGUUUGAUCGACAAUACUGCAUAAGUUUACAAGCUGUUUGCGUAUAGCUAGGCAUCGUCUGGAUACUAGAAUGAGAAAUCAAUUUGUUACGAAUUGCAUAGUGUGUCCAAUAAAUCAUAAAUUAUCAAGUUCCGGCGUACGUGUGAUUGAAAAAAAAAAAAAAAAAAAAAAAAAAAAAAAAAAAAUGGAUACUUAGACUAAAGUAAAUAUUUUAAAUAUAUAAAAAAUGAUAUCUGUCAUUGAAUAAAAUGAGAGAGAGAGAGAGCUACAUAUUUUCUGCAUUAAACAAAAGAAAUUAUAAUCCAAAUCUACGUAGUGCAAAACGUCGGUUGUUGUUCAACACAUUCACCUACGAAAUUGCAAUGUGCUUAUCUGCUUCUGAGAAUCUCCUUGUAGCAAGCUUGAUGUUAGUUACUGUGGACAUAUUAACGGGUGGAAAAAGAAACAUGUGAAUAUGCCAAUGUGUUAAAUGAACGGCUGAUAAACUAUUUAAUACAUAUACAUAUACAUAUUUAUAUUAAUGACCUUUUCGCUGUUGAUUACAGAUGCUAACGUCCAUGCCAUUAAUUUAAAACUAAACAAAAAUCGAAAUGAUUACUCGACAUAAAUACAAAUAAAAAUAAUAGCAGCAACGUAAUUAAAAAGAAAAGUAAAAAAAAUUCUCUUAAUUAAAUACAAUAGCCACAAGAUGCCUUUAAUACAGCAAAUUUUGGUGCCCUGGAAGCAGUGUAACGAAUAAAUAUGAUUACAAAUACGAAUACUUUCGGGAAUAAGGUGAAAAGAGAAUUACAGCGUAAAUGAUGUUGGAAUGAAAUUUUGAACAUAGAUACACGUAGGUUAUAAUCAGUGAACAUUAUUUAUUUAUUGAAUAUAUAGGUACUACUGGCAAUCUAUGUAUUUAUAUCAGACGUUUACGUAAACACGUAAUAUCGAGAUGAAAAAGAACUAGAUUACAUACAAUGACUCUUCUUGGUGUACACUGUACAUAAUAACGAAUCGACUAAAUGUUACGUAUUAACAAUAUUAAGCAGUUUAAUAAUCCAAUCGUUCAAUUAUUAUUCGUCAUAACAUACCUAAACAAUGCUUCACGUAAAUCAUCUUGCAGGUGUGUUCAUAAACGUACGGUAUGAUUAUGCAUACAUGUGUAUAUACAACACAUGCAUAUAUAUGUGUAUGUAUAUAUGUAUGUAUACACAUACACAAAUACACACAUAUUUAUAUAAGCAUACAAAUAUCAAUGUCACAGUUAAAAUCGCGCUCCUCGCCGCAUUCUUUUAUUAUUAUAUUAAUAAUAAUUAGUUUACUAAUUUACUACUAUUAAAUUUAACACCAUGAUAGAUCUCUCUUUGCUGAUUCUGGCUAUUAUUAUUAUAGUUAGAUUCAGUAUUCAUUUUAAUUAUUAUUUCCAACGGCGUACAGCAUCCCUUUAAUCGGAGGACACGAUUAAUACGAUGUGUAUAAAUACAGGAUCCCCCGUUUCCAUAUCUUUGAUCGAAUAUCUCGUUUGCGUUCAGAACUUUUGUGACGCUCGUCAAGUUGCCAUUCAAGAAUUCAGAUCGCUUGUUCCCGAUUUUGAGAAACACUAUUCAAUAUUACAUUAACGUAUGGGAACGUGAAAACGGUAAUAUCAAACUCUAGCUACAAUGGAUUUUCUAUUGAAUUUAUUUUGACAAAGUUUCCAGAUUUCGCAAUUAUUGAACACAGACUUGACGCUGCUCUCGUUAGUAAUUUUGCACUUGAAACUUUUUUAAGCGGUGUAAAACGAACUUCUUAACAUGUGAUACAAAGUUGUUCAACCAAUUAAGCAAUUUUUAAUCAACCAUUCAAUAUUUAUUUGCAGUUUGAAUAAUGAUCUGUGCACGGGCAAAAUGAAGUAAUCAAUUUUUAUUUCCGUUAUUUAUAUAAAACAAAACAAAGAAAGAAAGGAACUGGUAUAUAAAUAUUACUGAAUUUUGAAUCCGACAAUCGCGAUACCCAUACUAUAUAAACCUAAAUACACGAGUGGAACCCUAUUUUUUUCUUGUCCUUAUUUUGUACAGUAAUUUAGUUGAUUUUUGUUAGCUGGAUUUGAAUAGUUUUAAGUAGAAAUUAUAACGAUUGUAUUAAAAAUGUAAUGAUUUGUUAUUACACAUGGUGACCGGCAUUGUGGCGUAACGUGAAAGUUAAUUCAAUUACAAACAGAAUUUUUUGCGUAGGUAUAUGUUUUGGAAAACGGUUGCAUAACGAGAAAUUGAUAAUCGGGAGUUGCCAUGUCUCUAAUUAACGACGAUUUAAAUUAAUUAUUCGUAAACCAAUAAUUCUUAAUAGUCGUUUAUUAACACGCAAAGAAUAAAAACACACACAUACACGCAAAAUGACAAGUGAAUGCAACAAUUUCAUAGUAGGCUUGUGAUUAAAUUAAAGAAUUAAUAUUAUUAUUGAAGAAGGAAAGAAGAAAAAACAUUAUAAGAAACCAAUGUAUAAAGAGAAGAA